AUGAGUUCAGGUGUGCAACAAAGGAAAAAAAGCGAUAUCUCUUCGCAGAUAGAACAUGGCGUAUCCCCAGAGAAGAAAGGCCCUGAACCCAAAAACUCCCUAGCAGGCCGACCACGACGAAGACGACGAGCACCAGGGCAACCACUUGCGAGGGAAUGGGUUUUAGGGUUUGGCCUCAUGAUGGUCGGGGUUCUACUUGCGGGCUAUUUCUUGAUGUCGCGUCAUGAGAAGGUACAAAUGGAACAUUUGCGCGAGGAUAUUAUCCAUGAUAAGGUCGAACCAAUGUCUCGUGAAUGGGAAGAAAAGCUGGCAGCUUUGGAGGAAGAGCGGGAUUCGUUGAAGAAAGAAGUGACCGAGAGUGCACAGUUCAAGGAAGGCAAGACUCAGUUGGAAGAGCAGAUCCAUCAAGUCGAAGAUAUUCGAGAAAAACAAGAGCACGACAUUCAGCACCUCAUUGAUUAUAAGAGACAAAUGCAAAGAAAUAUUGAGUUACUGUCAAAGACUGAGUUGCUGGAAAAGUUCGGGCCCGGGCCGCAUUAUGUGGAAAUCAACCUUGGUUUCGACCCAGAGUUUCCGAAAGGUAAUGAGUCGGAUGGUAAUACUGGACGGAUUGUCAUUGAACUUGCACCCGUGGAAGAAAUGCCACAUACAGUGUAUUGGUUUCUCGAGCAGGUGAAUCGAACGCUUUAUGACGGCUGUUCUUUUCAUCGCAAUGCUGGGCAUGUGAUUCAGGGAGGACCAGCGCCAAACUUUUUAUCACCACCCGAGGCGAAGCUCAAUAGACGUUUUGUGGACGCCGGGUUUCAUUCAGUUUUAUUUCAGGAAUAUAGUCCUAACUUUCCACACAAGAAAUAUACACUUGGCUUCGCGGGGAGACCGGGCGGCCCCGACUUCUACAUCAGCACCAUGGACAACUCCCUGCUGCAUGGGCCUGGGGGUCAGACAAAUUAUGAAGAUAGCAGUGAAGCAGAUCCGUGCUUUGCGAAGGUAAUUGAUGGCUUCGAUACCGUGGAUCGAAUGCUGCUAAGUCCCGUCAAACCUGGAAAUUAUAGGGCAAUGGUCACGAACGUUGCGAUUACGUCGAUGAAAAUAGUGUCAUACGAGAGAAAAAAGGAAGAAAAGGGCGAAACGUUGACAAAAGAUGAAGCCGAAGAGGAGAAGGUCAAGAACGAAGUGAUCGAGAGUUCCAAGGAAGAGAAACUAUCAAAAUCUGAAAAGGAAGAGCUCGUGGAAGAAGUAGAGAAAAAAUCAAAAUAUCUGAAACAUGAGAUUGUUGACUCCAGCUCUGAAAGGAAGGAGAAGGAGGUUGUCGACGAAGAUUCUGAAAGCAAGCUGAAAAAUAAGCUUGCGGAAGAUGUGAAGCAAAAACAAGAGGCUACAGAAAGGAAACUUGAAAACGACAGUUUGGACCUUGACGGGGUGCUCAAGAUCAGAGCAAAAAGGCGCGAAAAAAGACGUAUAGGCCAGCCCAUGAAGCUUCUCGUUUUUGGAUUGGCUCUGGCCAAUGGAUUUGUUGUUCCAACUAUGCAGCACGCGAACCAAUUGAAGACUUCUAACAGCUUGUUCGUAGCAACCGGGGACGUUGCGACCGAAGAGGAGGUUGAUUGUGUAGUGAUUGGAAGUGGUCUGGCAGGUCUCUCAUGUGCAGCUCUAUUAUCUCACUGCGGCAAGAAAACAGUUGUUCUGGAAUCUCACGAUACUCCUGGUGGAUGCACCCAUUCUUGGACUCGACGUGGGUUCCACUUUGAAUCUGGUCCAUCUUUGUACUCAGGAUUCAGCAUGGACCGAUCGCCCAACCCAUUGAAGAAUAUUUUCCAGAUCAUUGAAGAAGAUUGCGAAUGGAUAACAUACGAUCGGUGGGGUACUGUGUUACCAAAUGGAGAAAAAUUUGCUCCACCAAUCGGACCGGAAGGCUUGGCCAAAACUUUGAAACAGCAUGGUGGGCCUGGUGCCGAAGAAGAGUUUGCAAGCCUCAUGGAGCGUAUGGCACCUCUAUCCGAUGCUGCUCAAGCCUUAUCUUCUCUUGCACUUCGAGAAGAUGCUGGAGCUGUUGUAACCUUGUUGAAGUAUCCAUUUGAACUGUUUCGGACGCUACAGCAAGGACAAGCACUGAAUGAACCCUUCAGCGUUAUCAUGGACGAAAUGAAAUUGAAAAAUAAGUUUGUGAUUAACUGGCUCGACAUGCUCUGUUUUUUGCUACAGGGUCUCCCUGCUUCCGGGACCAUGAACGCAGUCAUGGCAUACAUGUUGGCAGAUUGGUACAGACCAGGAGUUACACUCGACUUUCCAAAAGGUGGAAGUGGUGAAAUUGCAAAUGCUCUAGUUCGUGGCGUGAACAAGUUUGGAGGAGAAGUGCGUUUGAAUUCACAUGUCGAUGAAAUCAUAGUCGAUCAAAAUCGAGCUGUAGGUGUCAAACUAGCAAGCGGCAAAGUUAUUCGUGCGAAGCAUGCAGUCGUUUCAAAUGCAGACCCUUUCAUUACCAAUAAAAUGCUCUCUAGUGCCCGCCUAGCUGGGCAUCUUUCGAAUGAAGCCAUUGAGUAUAUGAAUAAAUUGAUAAACACUGAUGCAGAAGACGGUGGAGUACCAAACUUGAAGAGUUUCAUCCACAUUCAUGCAGGCAUCGACGCAAGUGGCCUUCCAACAGUUGCAAGUGAAGAUUUUCCGACGCAGUGGGCGGUUGUGCGUGACUGGGACCUGCCAGAAGGAGUCGAAGCUCCUCGUAACAUUGUCUUGUGCUCAAUGCCGUCUCUUAUUGAUCCUUCGUUGGCACCAGAAGGAAAGCAUGUCCUACAUGCCUAUGUUCCGGCGACAGAACCAUACGAAUGGUGGGAAGGACUGGAUCGAGAUUCUGAUGAUUACAAGAAAAAGAAAGAGGAAGCCGCUGACUUUUUGUGGAGCGCAAUUGAGGAAUACGUCCCAGAUGCGAGGAACCGAGCCGUGCCUGGUACUGUUCAAGUCGGUACACCGUUAACACACGAGAGAUUUCUCCGACGCACAAGGGGUGCAUAUGGGCCUCGGGUUGAAGCAGGAAAAAGUACACUUCCCGGACACAAGACACCCCUGGAAGGGCUUUUCUUAUGCGGAGAUUUCACAUUUCCCGGAAUUGGAGUUCCUGCCACAGCUGCUUCUGGUGCUGUGACUGCCAAUACUCUAGUGUCAGUACCACAACACUUGGGAAUGCUUUCCAAGAUUCGUCUCCCAGAGAAGUAG